AACUGAUUUCAGAAUAAACUGGGUUAAUGCAGUUGUCUACUAUGAUUGCAAUAAGCGCAUUAAAUACUCUGCAUGUUGGAAUUGCAUAGUCUACUAAUAAAGACUCUUGAGCUUGCAGAGAAACAGUGUGCGCUGCAAAAAAAAAAAAAUAAUAAUCUGCACCAGUGUAGUGAGCUUUUUAAAUACAAACCUGAUGAUGUGACAACAUGAUUACAUUUGCCACAAACCUUCAAUUAAAACAUUCUCUCUCAUGAAAUGGAGAUAACGGGUAAAACCACUUUGAAUAAUGGGACUUUUCGACACUUGUUCGCAUUCAAAUGUGGUGAAACUGCACUCGAAACCUGCGGGUUUCGCCCACACCCUCCCAUAAAAGACUGGGUUUGUUUAAUAGUUUAUUUUAAUUAGAGAACCAGGCCUAAACAUGUGGAACAAUUUGUCUAGUCAGACAUUUUUUUGCAUCGUAGACCUGCAUUCAGGAGUGUGGUAGGACCAUGGCUGAGUCGUAGAUGAAGAAGAAGAAGGCCUAAACCACAGUGUGGACACGGAUUGUCCCUCCCUCUGUCUUUCUCUGCCAUCUUGCAGGUAAAGUUGCCAGGGGUCCAGGGCUGAGAAAGUGGCCAAACCCUCCCACAGUGGGAUGUUUUCUCUGCUGCACUCUGGGCUGGUUCCUAUUCAAAUGUGGGUCAGGGGUGAGGAAGCCUAACGUCAUAAGCUUGCAACAUGGCGUCCCGAAGGCUGUGAGAUGAGCAGGAGGAUGGUAAAGAACGCUUGAGAACGAUCCUACCGAUGUAAUAAGCUUCAGGUGGUGCUCGUGUAGGAAGAGAGAGAGAGAGAGAAAUAGAAGGAAAGAAGGAAGGUGGAAAUGGAACUGCCAAAUCAUGCCAAACAACUGCUGCUGCAACUCAACCAGCAGAGAGCCAAAGGCUUCCUGUGUGAUGUUAUCAUCGUGGUGGAGAAUGCGCUCUUCCGUGCCCACAAGAACAUCCUGGCCGCAAGCAGCAUCUACUUCAAAUCUUUGGUCCUCCACGAUAACCUCAUUAACCUCGACACAGAGAUGGUUAACCCCUCUGUAUUCAGACAAGUUCUGGACUUCAUCUAUACUGGGAAGCUCCUGUCCUCGUCGGACCAGAGCAGUGAGCAGAACUUUAGUGCCCUCUUAACCGCAGCCAGCUACCUCCAGCUCCAUGACCUUGCUGCUCUGUGCAGAAAGAAGCUGAAGCGCAGUGGUGGGAAACCCCUGCCAGGUAAACCCUCCACUCCAGGUCCCCAUAGCCGCUUACGCCUCAACAACCAGCGCCUUUCCUCUUCUACCCCUGCUGGCCCCAACAACCACUAUCCUCCGACCCCUUCUGAUGCCGACCAACCACAGCCAGAUGAAGGCCUUCGGGACAAGCUCUCAGAUGACGAAAUGUUUGUUGGCAGCUCUGCAAGGAAUGGGAAUGGGGGGAAUGGCAGCAGUAACGGUAACCUCAGCAGUGGAGGAAGUGCUGGAGAACCAGACCUUGGAUUGGACCUGUCCAAGAAGAGCCCCCCCUCUGCAGGCACAGCCAUUGAUGCCCUCAGCCCACACAGCAACUCCCAAGAAUCCCCUCAAUCUGCCUCAGUAUCCACAACCAACAGUGCCUCACUGGAUGAUUCCUCUACCACAUUACCAGGUGUAGACACCUGUGGCUCAGAGACCAUGGAGCUUAACUCCUCCUCUAAAGUCUUGGAGGAAACCCAAAACCAGCCUGAUGGACCCCCACCCCAGAAGAAAUCCCGUCAGGGUGCUCGCAAGAACGAAUGGCCUAAGAGAGAGGCGUCAGGGUUGAAGUCUGAAGAUCAUGACAGGCCCCUGGUUAAUGGGGUGAUUGUAGGUCCUAAAGAUGGUCGUUCCUCUGGGGUUGGAGGGGGCAGUGGUAGCAGCUUUACCUCUGAUCAGUGUAAAGAUGAGGAAGAAGGAGGAGAAAAUGGCCAGGACCACAGUGAUGAGAGUGGGCAAAGUGACGGAGAGAGUGCAGGAGGUGGAGGUAGAGGAGGAACAGGAGGGGGACACAGUGCUAACUACGUGUACCGACAGGAGGGUUUUGAGCCAGCAUUCGGAGACAACCUCUAUGUGUGCAUUCCCUGUGGUAAGGGCUUCCCCAGUUCUGAGCAGCUCAAUGCGCACGUGGAGACACACACUGAGGAUGAGCUGUACAUCAAAGAGGAGGGAGGGACCUUUGUGAAAGAGGAAGAUGAGGAGGAGGCAGAGGACCUCUCCGCUCCCGUGGGUCCCUCCACCUUUGGCUCUGAAACACGUCCCUUCAAGUGUACAGUCUGCAGUAAGAGUUACAAAGACCCGGCAACGCUGAGACAACAUGAAAAGAGCCAUUGGCUGACCAGGCCUUUCCCCUGCAACAUCUGUGGCAAGAUGUUCACCCAGAGGGGCACCAUGACACGCCACAUGCGUAGCCACCUUGGCCUCAAGCCGUUUGCAUGUGAAGAGUGUGGCAUGCGCUUCACACGCCAGUACCGUCUGACAGAGCACAUGCGUGUCCACUCUGGGGAGAAGCCGUAUGAAUGCCAGCUAUGCGGGGGGAAGUUUACCCAGCAGCGUAACCUCAUCAGUCACCUGAGAAUGCACACCUCACCCUCUUAGAAAUGCAUCAAGCCAAAGAACUCUGGGAAUAGAAAACACAUUUCUCUACUUUUUUUUUUUUUCAUCUCAACAGCAAAGAAACGCACACGUACACAUUCACAGGCAGACGCACACAGUUCCGCAUUUUAAUUCCAGUUUACGAUGCCCUGGCUAAGUGAAUGAUGUAGCUGUUAGCCACACUGGGCUCUUGGUGACGGUGGGAUCUUGUUGAUGAAAGGAUCAUGUCGUCAUUUAUAUCAAGAGACGUCUGCUCACCUCUCAGGAGUUAUAGAGGGACACUUACUUUCUACAUUACUGUCUCUCUCCAAAGUCACAAAGACGUGGUGGAGUGGCAUGACUUCUGGUCUGCGUUGAAAGUCUGUCAAAUGUGAAUGUGGGUACUGAUAUAAUGUCAACCCCCCCCUCUCAUAUCCCUCAGCAGCCUUUUGAUCUUCUACUUUUUUGAGCAUUGAGUCUUUGAGUUUUUCAGGAUGUUCCUCAAACUGAUUGACUCAAGAGUCCCCUCUGUACUCCAGUGCUAUUUUGACCAAAAACCCAUGCAAACAAUACUGGCAAUAAUUCAGCAAAAAGAUUAUUUCUGCCCUGACAGCUUUAUAUCCUUUGUAAUGUUGGUGAUGGGGAUCUGUAUGUAAGAGGUGGGGUAACUGGGUUUGGGACCAUCUCCAUGCUUUAACUGAAAGUCCUGAUGAAGGUUCACGGUGGGAUGACAUUGAAUUAAGUUUUAGUUUUACAAACAACAAUACUCAGUCUUCUUUACAGCUGUUCACAGUGAGGAAGAUUUUCAUUGUUUUCAGUUUUGCCUGCUAGUGCUCCCAGGAAUGAAUCCUGGGUGGAAAGAUGAACCCCUCGAGGUACUUGUUUUACUUAAAGAACUUGUAAUGUUUCAGUGAAUGUUUAAACUGGAAGGUCUUGGGAUUUUUCUUGGGGAGGGGAGGUAUUUGGGUUAGGGUGGGGAGGGGGGUGUUUUAGACUGAACAUUAUGUUCGGUUGGUACGUUUAUUUUUUUGUCUGUAUAGCUUUCCUCCCCUCAGAAAAAAGAAAAGUCUAUUUAUAUAGGCUUGUGACCUCGCUACCUCUGAUUACUCUUAUGAACUCUAUGUUGAUUAGUUGAAAGUUCCUAUGUAAUUAAUUGUAAAAAGUGUGUAGAUUAUGGUAACUUUUCACCUAAUGCUUUAACCUGCCCAUCUCUCAACACAGGUUUUUAAUGCUCAUAGAUUUUACACAUUAAUAUUGUUUUUAGCUGUUGUUUUUACUUGUCAAAUAUAGCUUUUUGGGUGCCCUGCUCAGUGUGGACCCACCUCAAGUUGUACUGUAGCUUCCUGCCUGGAGCAAAUAGUGGUUAGUUAGUGUAGAUGUAUAGUGUUCCAAAGAUCUUAUGAAUGUUGAGGAGAACAGAGCUAACUAACAAACAUUGCUAGACAAGUUCAUAACCAAAGUUUUAAAAAAAGAUGUACUUAAGAUAUAUAGCAUACUAAAUUAUUUCACUUUUGAUUUUUUUCUUUUUUUUUUUGCUGUAUAAAACAAAUUAUGAAUUAUAUUCUAAGUCCAGACAAAGAAAUUCACUCUUUUGAUGGAGUUUUGGCCAAUGACUCUGAUACUGAAGAAGGUUCUUGUGGUUUUGCAAGGAAAGCUUGUGCUGAUUGGUGGGCUGGUAAACUUUACCACCUAACGAAAAUGGGUAAAGUUCAAAAACGUGUUUUCCUGAACAUGUUUUUAGUUUCUUUUUGUUUGUAUCCAGAGUCCUAUCACUUUAUAUUCCCUGACUUUAAAAACAGGACUUGAUGACAUUGUAUGUGUUCUGUUCAGACCAAAAAAAAUACGAAAAAGAAAAAAAAGAUAGGAUUUAUAAUCAGAAUUUUAAUGUGAAGUUCAAGUUGCUUGUUAGUUUUUUGAGCCAGACAUGUGAAAACUUGUAAUAAGAAGGGAGAAGCAGAGAUGCACUGGACAGUUGGACAACUCAUUGGUAUCCUGCAGCAUCCUUUUCUUUUACUGAUUGUAUUCCAUUAUAUUACACAAUGAUUUUAAAUUAUUUUAAACCUCUAAAGCUUUACCUCAUCGUAAGCAACCAUAAGUUGGGAAUGGCCCCUUGGUUGUCUGUAGGUUUCACUGAAACCUGUCCAGUGUAUCUACUCUUAACAGUUACACUGUGGAGCAUGAACCUUCACCACAAGUUUUUGGUAUAGGCAUUCCUCUUUUAUGUUGGUUAACUGUCUUCUUUUUUUUUUUUUUUUUUAAUUCCUCUUUCGUCCUCAUGUUAUGGUCUGUGAAAUGUUUGUUAUAAUAGGGAUGCAGCUACAGUUACACAAACAUCACUACCGUUUUAAGGUACCUGCGUCCUGGACUCCCGGAGUUGUUACUUGGUUAUGUUGGAUGUUGGUGUCUGUAAGCAGUUGCUGUUUAGUGAUUGCAUGGUACAUCUAUGAAUUUCUCACACUCCCCACCCCCCACCCCCAACCACAAACCUGUUAUUUAUCACCUGAUCCAUUGUUGCUUGUGACCUCUUCUAGCUUAAGAGGGAGUCCACAAUGCAUUGCCUUCAAACGUUAUUGUACUUGUCAGCACUUACUGCAGUACAGCAUAAUGUCUGUCAUGCAAAAGGUGUUUUUGUACAACAAGAUCUCUAGCCAUCUCUGCAAAAGACUUUGCAGCUGCAUUUGAAUGCUUGCUUGUUUGACAUAACGAAAAAAAAUUACGAACUCCAAACUGUGACACUACUACUACUACUACUACUACUAUUACUACUACUAGUACUACUACUAUUCAAAUACUUCAGGGAUUGUUCUGCAUCUGUGAAUGCAGACUCUCAGCUACAUUUGUAAGACAUAGUAUUGUAUCGAUUUCUCUGUAUUUUAAUCAUGGGAAAAGCAAAACACUAGUUUCAUAUUUAAGGCAAACGGGGGUACUUUUUCAACUAACACAAAGAGCCUUGACAAAGGCGAGGCAGCUCGAAACAAGUCUACAUUUUAGUUAGUAACACAGUAUGUUCAGAAAUAGUUGCAAAGUUGUACAAAGAACUAAGAAGAAGAAAAAAAAAAAAAGCUCAUACCCAAAUCCACAAACUAUUUUUUAAACCAAAGCACAUUUGAAUGAUUAUGGAACCAUGUGUGGCUCUAAAAAAAAAAGAAAAGAAAGAAACAUAUGUAUUUAUCUCAUUGUUUACAUGAACUUUUACAGUUUUACAGACCUCAGUCAAGGCUCGGCCAGUCAGAGGUGGUUUUGUGUUUUUUUUUUUUUGUUUGUUUGUUUUUUAAAGAUGCUUUUCCACAGAGGUUGCUGCCAAAACAAAAGCAUAACGUCAAACAUGGGGUGAACUGCUGCAUAUUCAAUUAAGAGGAGGGGUGUGUGGUUUAGGGGCACCCUCCCACCCCCACCCCCUUCUGCCAGCUGGCUUUGGGGUGACCUUGCGCCCCAGCCCUCCUGCCCUCUGGCCUGUCUUCAGAUGGGACUGCAGCAAAGGGGGUGGGCAGUGUAUCCUUGACAUAUUAAUCAAAAGGCAUUGUUAGUUGGGGUCUUUAGCUCAAUGUUGUGUCUCUGUUUACUCAAAUGCACUUGAGUAGUACCUCUGCUGAUUGGGUCUCUUUUUAAUAUGUAGAAGUGGGUGGGUGAUGCUUGAAUGGUUUGGGUUGUCUAGUAACAUGGUACAUCUCUUAUGCUGGUGGUUCUUGAAACCUGUCUGGAGAAUGUAGCUUUGAUUUGUUCACUGCAUGUAAACAGGCUUAUCUGGUAGUCUUAACUGUGAAUGUUAUUGUCGUAUUUCUGAUUUUUAUGAUGUUCUGAAACUUUUUUUUUUUUUUAGCUGCCUAUGUUCUGUGUGUAAAAGCAGCACAAACCUCUGACUGGCCGGGCCUCAUACAAAGUUGGUGCAAACACUUAUUGACAGUGUUCUUUUUUUAUCAAAAUGUCUAUUGUCAGUGAUGAAUGUAUUUAUUUCUGGUCCUGCCCUCACCUCUGCAAAGAAUAUGCUCAGUGUGUGAGACUGAGGUGGAGGCAGGACCCCCUCUUUUUUUUGUUUUGUUUUUUUUGUUGAGGAUUUCAAGCUGAGAAUCAAAAAUGAGACACAAAACAUAGCCAUUAACCACAAUCUGUGAAGUUGACUUUUUUUUGUGGGAAAUAAUUUUUUCCAACUCCAAAAAUGGUCUAUGGCAUUUAAUAUCUUUCUUUCUCAGUUAUACCUGACAGUCUGUAGGGUUUUUAUUUCAUGUGAUUCACAAUGGGUGUUUUUUUUUUUUUUUUGCCCGCCCAUGUGUUCUUGAGUUCUCACUGAAUGACUGCACACCAGGGGAGUUGAACUUUAACCCCCUUGUGUGUGUCUGUGGACACAGGCAGGACACUGUGACCUGCCUGUGCAGAAAGGAGGCUACUGUAUCUUUUCAAGCUUGCUCUGUCUGGGUGUUGCCAUACUGCUGCCAUUAGAAGAAGAAAAAAAACACAGCAGAAAUAUAAUGAACACUUCUCGCCACUGAAUGGUAAUGUUCUUGUGACUAUUGUUACAUUUCUUGUCUUAAACCACUUGCCACUUCUUCUGUCUCUUUUUCAUGACAUUUAUGUUUUUAGUGUCUGUUAGUUCUAUAUCGGAGGAAUUUAGAAACGUUGGGUGAGAUAGCUUUACUAAGUGCACUUUGUAUGUUUUUCAAAGCCUCUGGGAAGACCUGGGCUCUCAUAUCAGUUCCCAUUUAACUGAUGGUUUACUCUUUGUCUUUCUCUUCUUACCUCAUCGUUGUUCCUGUGUGUUUGUUGAUAUAUCAUAUCAUUAUGCAGUGUUACAAAAGCUUUAAAAAUGAAUAUACAAAGCAGGAAAUGCAACCAAUAGACCGUACACGGAUCUAGGCAAUUAAGUUUCCAUUUCAUUUCUUGGUAUUAUUGUUGUUACACCUUGUACAGUCGUUACUAUUACCAUCCUCUCCAGACAUUUUGUAUAGUAGAGGGGCUGGUCUGUCCAGUUAUUAUGGAGAUGCUCCUUCUUACCUCGGCAGACUAAACCAAAGCCAGUUGUAAAAUGGCCUCCAGUGCUAUUAAAGCGUGUUAAGCUGUAUUGUCCCUUGCUUUAUCUUAGAUACACCUGACCCCCUGCUUUAGCCCUUUGACCCCCUGUAAUGUUUCUGCGCAGACGACUGUAUCCUCCGCUCUGCUGCAUUUCACGUCAGUAUUUACUGUACCUCCAGUGACAUUGUGUAGUAGACUAAACGACAGAAAACACCAAAUUACCUCGAAACUUUCAGUGUUUACAGAAAUGUGCUAUCUUGCCAUUACACCUUCACACCUCUUUUUUCUUUUUUUUUUUGCCGUCCAUCUAAAACCAAAUUAUGCUUUUGAAAUGGAGUUGUAGCAGCAUAUUUUCAUACAUAACCAUUAGUUUUAUUCAUAUCUGUUCGUAUAUUUACAAUGGAACCGUGUCACCUUGAUGUGCACUACCUUAAUGGAAAGACUAGCUGCUAAAAGAAAUCGUACUUGAAGAGUUGAUUAGUGGAGCUGCCCAUGAAGUGGGUGUAUCAAGCUUCCUCUCUUGUUUUCUUCAGGAAGAACCUCUCAAUAAUGUAUCAAGAUCUGUGGGCUGAGAGGCUCUGGAAUGGACAUGUAGGGUCUUUGCUGUUGAAUAAUUAAAGGAUGUGAACCCCUCCCCCUUGGCAAACACACUACACAUGCAAAGGUGUACACACCCAGGUGCACUUUUGCUGGCAUGUAUGCAUAUAUGCCUCCACUCAUGCAAACGCAGAUGCCACCGUCUAGACUUCAAACACAACCUAACAUGCACACACCAGUAUUUAAGGUGAGAUUCUCUGACCCGUUUUGUGGCUUUUGGCAGCACCCAGGCUGGGCUUUCUCUUUAUCUCCACUCUUCUGAGAGCUCGUAUUCAGGUCAGAGCCACCGCCGUGCAUAGCGAUGGGGCUCGCAAACUCAAAGUGUCAUAAAAGUGUAAUACAGCUGACCUCAGCACUCACAACCUUGCAGUCUUAAUGUACAGCAGUGAGGAAAAAUAAACUGUUAUUUUAUGAUCUUUUCAUUAAAAGCUUGAUUGAAAACCAA